CUGGGGGCGGAUCUCUCGACUUUCCCGUGUCCAAUCAUCGAUCUGUGACCGCAAUGGCGCUUUCGAGGACCCUUACGACUCGUUCUGAUAGCACAAUUCCUUCUGGAUUGGGAGAAGUGUGCUCAUAACAGUCGACCGCUGACCGCCGAGGACCCAUGGCCCAAAAAUGGACUUUCAUCAUGCUCCAGGAUUUGUGCAUAUUUACAAUGUGGUAGUGAAGCUGACUUGAGAUUCUUCUUCUAGGAUUUGGUACGGGCACACAGAACCAGUCGAAUUCCAUGUUUGGUGGGCAAAAUCGCACCAGCGGAUUUGGAACCGGAACCUCGACUGGCGGAAGCCUUUUCGGAAGCGGGAGUGGAACUGCCACCGCAGGUGGUAGCGGCUUUGGCGGAUUCGGAUCGACCUCGAACACCGGGGGGUUCGGCAACAAUAACACUAGCACGGGCACGGGCACGGGGCUGUUUGGCAACAAGACUGGGGGCUUCGGCAGCUCCGCGGGUACCGGGGGUGGAUUUGGUGCAAGUGGCGGCACCACCGGCGGCUUUGGAGGCACCACCACUACCUCGGGCUUCGGUGCUGGGACAGGCACGGCCUUCCAACAGGCCAUUCCUCCCUCCGAUGGCACCGGAAGUACUCCGUUCAGUGCCUUCACCGAGGCUGACGGCGACAAAGCGACCAACCACUAUCAAAGCAUUACCUUCAUGCAGCCGUACAGCAAGUAUUCAUUUGAAGAACUGCGCUUAGGUGAUUACAACCAAGGCCGCCGAUUCGGAAACGGCAGUGGGCAACCCGGUGCCUUUGGUACAUCGGCUUUCGGAGGAUCUGGGUUUGGACAACAACAGUCGACGGGCUUUGGAAGCACCUCAUCGCCGUUUGGGGGAGGUACUAGUGCUCCCUCCGCGUUUGGCCAGACUCAGAGCACGGGUGGCUUUGGAUCCAAUACCAACACCAACUCCAACCCCUUGUUCGGAGCCGCCAAGCCCGCAACCGGCUUGUUUGGCAGUGGAACAGGAACCACGGGCACGUCCCAACCUGGGUUGUUUGGCGGAGCUACAGCAACUACGGGUGGGUUUGGGAGCGGCACAGGAACCGGUGGCGGCUUUGGAAGCGGUGGUUCUCUGUUUGGCAACAAUACCAACACCAACAAUGCCCAACAACAGAAGCCCUUAUUUGGAGGCAGUGGAACCACCGGCACCGGUUUCGGCGGCGGCUUUGGUACGCAGAACACGAGCACCGCCUCUCCCUUCGGUGGUACUGCUGCGACUUCCUCCCCCUUCGGCGGUCAACAGCAGACCCAGUCUGGUACCGGCUUGUUCGGUGGAGGACUCGGCCAGCAAAAUCAAGCCCAGAACCAGCAGACCCAGAAUAAGGGCUUGUUUGGUGGCGGCUUUGGCACCAACACGCAGCAGCCGCAAACUGGCACCACGAGUCUAUUUGGAAAUACCGGCGCUGCCACUGGCACCGGUACCACUGGCUCUUCUCUCUUUGGUCAGAACAACCAACAGCCCCAGCAGCAGACGACUGGUGGAUCGCUGUUUGGAAACAACCAGCAGACUGGCACAAGCUCCCUUUUCGGCGGGGCCCAGCAACAAGGCCAGAAGAGCCUGUUUGGCGGCGGCACAACUGGCACCGGCACCGGCACUGGCACUGGCACUGGCACCGGCGCAUUCGGCGGCUUUGGCAAUACCCAGAAUACGCAGGCGGCCGGUGGUGGUCUUUUUGGUGGUGCUCAGAACCAGCAGCAGCAGAAGCCGAGUCUUUUUGGCGGCAGCACCACUGGGGCCGGUGGUUCUCUCUUCGGAGGACAAAGCACCACCCCUCAGAAUGCUGGCAGUUCCCUUUUCGGCAGCACUCAGAACCAGCCCCAGCAGACCGGAGGUCUUGGAACUUCCAGUCUCUUUGGCAACACUCAGCAAGCACAGCCCCAGCAAGCGCAGCAGCCCCAGCAGCCGGCCCCUGGUAGCUUGCAGGCCUCCCUCCUGGACGGAAAUCCCUAUGGAAACCAGUCUAUCUUCUCUGGUCUGCCAGCCCCUGCUGCCUCUAGCCCUGGUCCAUUGGCGACGCCGCUCUCGUCCUCCACCAAGCAGAAACAGCGCACUCCGCUACCGGUUUAUAAGAUUACCCCCAAUGCGGCCAAUCGCCUGCUUACCCCACCCAAACGUCAAGGAUACGGAUUCUCUUACUCGUCCUAUGGGUCGCCUUCUAGCUCGACUAGUACUCCUGGCGGGCUGGGUGGCAGCGUGCUGGGUGGAAGUUUGCGUGGCAGUGUUAACGGAAAUCUUGGGCGUAGUAGCUUCAGCAAGAGCUUCUCCACCAGCAACCUGCGCAAGACCUUCGAUCCCGAAUCCGAUAGCGUCCUGUCGCCUGGCGCCCUCUCCUCUGGCAGCUCUCGUCUGUCGAGCGGUAGCUUGAAGCGGUUAACUAUUGAUCGCAGCCUGCGGAAUGACCUGUUCGCUCGCCCAGCUAGUACCCCGGCCGCCGCCAUCACCAAUGGCGAAGAGGUAGUGCCGCCAGCCGAUAAGAUGAAGAAGAAGGUCAGCUUUGACUCGUCCUCGGAGCCUCCGGCCACUGGCGGAGAAAUCGUUCCGGUCCAGUCCCAGAGCUCCGAGCCUACCUCGGAAGAAUUGGGUUUCCUGCGCUCCAUCCGCAAGAGCGGCACGAUCAACGGCAUCAGUAACGUCAAGACGACUACGAGCCCUGCUCGUCCCGAGAUGGAGUCUGUCCGUGGCAAUGAACUCGCCGCGGUCCCGGAGAAUGCGGAGCAGAGCGCAACCCCCUCCGGUAGCCCCUCGCGCCUGGCCUUCGUUCCGGGCGGAGACCCGCAGCCGGGCGACUACUGGAUGAAGCCCACGCGCGCCGAGAUCAACAAGCUGAGCCGAGAGCAGCAGAAGAAGUUUGUUGGCUUCACCGUGGGUCGUCAGCGGUGUGGUCAGGUGACCUUCGAUGAGCCCGUGGAUCUGACCACCGUCGAUCUGGACCGGAUCUUUGGCCAUCUGGUCGACAUCGGCGUGCGCAAAAUCACCGUCUAUCCGGAUGAAACCAUCAAGCCCCCGAUGGGCAAAGGCCUGAACGUGCCCUCCACCCUGCGCAUCGAGAACUCCUGGCCUCGGGGUCGGGACAAGAAAUCCCCGUCGCCCCUGACGAGCGGCCCUCUGUUUGAUAAGCACGUCGAUCGGUUGGUGAAGGUGCACAACACCGAGUUCGUCGAUUACGAAAAGGAGACCGGCACAUGGGUGUUCCGAGUACCCCAUUAUACCACCUAUGGUCUUGAUUAUGAUAGCGACGAGGAAGAAGAAGGUGAGAGCCUCAACCAAAGCACUUUGAGUGCUGCUCCUGACACUCCGACUCCGAAGGCUCAAACCCCUGCCAACGCCGACACGACCAUGGGCUCGGAGCUGAUGUCUGCCUUCUCCACUGACGACUCCUUCGUGGGUUCCAUGGCUGGCGUUGAUGACGAUACCUUCGAUUUCAAAAAGCGUAAGAUUGUUCCGGGAGCAUUUGGCAACCAAAUCAUGGAGACGGUUGAAGACCAGCACUCGGUUUCGGGAGACGACGAGGAGUCUUUUUUAGGGGAAAGCUCCACGGGUUCGACUAUUGAACAAGACGGCGACGAUAUCACCAUCACCGAAAGCCAGCAGUCUGGCGAGUCAGUAGUUGGAUUGGAUGAGGGCGAGGAAAUGGACAUGGCGGGCACCUUUCCAGACCUUCACCCGACCGUGGAGCGCGACGACACCCAAAGCACCGACACGUAUAUGGAGCCUACCCAGCCUUCGUUGAGGCCUUGGAACACGCCGUCCAAGCCUCGUCUUGAUCUGAGUGGGGACUGGGCCGAGCAUUUGCAACGCACCAUCAGUCCCCGGAAGCAAGACCGCGAUGCCCUUCGCGAGAUCCAGGCCAUUGCCUUUACUGACCGGCCUCUCCACGAGGACAGCCCCCAGAAAGCGGCCGCCGAUGCGCGGAAAAAGGGCUUUGCCACCAGCAUCGACCUGAUGAACUCUCUGUUCCAGCAACCGCGCAAGCAGCAGGCCCCUUCUCCGUUGAAGACCCAGAGCGUGCGGCCGAAAGGACUUGAGUGGCCCUACAACAAGCAACCCAAAACGUUUGCUGGCGAGUCCAACGAGCUAAGCGGAGACGACCUUGCUUUCCAUCACUCAUUUAAACCUCGCUGGGGGCCGGUGAACUCUCUCCUGUGCGUUCAGAAUGACAUGGCCGGUAUCCCCUCAGGAGAUAGCCGUUGGCAGCAUAAGCUCUCCGUGACCAGCGAAGAGAGGGACAUCUCUUUGCUGGAGUUCGGCAGCACCGUAGAACCGAGUGACAUGCUCGACGCCCAACGGAAGCAGUCGGCCGUUUCACGGGUCGACGGGGUGCCCUUUGCUCGUCUGGCCAAGGCCGAUUUCCGACAAUUCGCGCAGGCUUCGAGUCUGGUGCAGUCGGACCACGAGCGCCUGCUUUGGCAGCUGGCCAACAUCCUGUUCAAUGACGAGAUCGAGGAUGAUAUCUCUGCCGGGGUGCCACGCCAGCUCCGGUCCAAGUAUCUUCACCGGAUCAAGAAAGACCGCCUGAGCCGCCUUUGGGAGGGGAUUGUUCGCGAGAAGCAUGCGCAGGCUGCUGGAAAAGCCAGCUCGGCCGAAGAGCGUGCCUUCUACCUGUUGUGCUCGCAUCGGGUCGAGGAGGCUUGCAAGCUUUUGAUUGCCAGCCAGAACUUCCAUCUCGCCACCUUGGUCGCUCAGAUCGGGCGUGAUCCCACGACGCGCGCCGACAUGGCCAAGCAGAUCGAGAUGUGGCGUCAGAACAAUGUGUACUCCGAAAUGAGCGAGCCUGUCCGAGCCCUGUACGAACUUCUUGCCGGCAACGCCCUCCGCAGCGAAGGCAAAUCCACCGGUGCGCUUGAAGAUCGUGUGUCUACCUUCACUUUCUCCGAGCGAUUCGAGCUGGACUGGUUCCAGGCUUUCGGCCUGCGUCUCUGGUAUGGCAUCACCGACGAUGAGCCGAUUGAAGCCGCUGUUUAUCAGUUUGUGGAUGACCUCAUCGAAGGGAACGAGCCGGCGUUCCCGAGCCCUGCCGACCAGGAUCACACCGUGGACCGUGAAUCCCCCCUAUGGGUUUUGCUGAAGAUAUACUCGACGACGAGCGGAGGAGCUGCCCGAAGUGCCAAUCUUCAUGUGCAGGAAUUUCCGGCUGCGUUGCUGCCCGAGUCUGUCAGCGGCGACAAGCUGUCAAACCGUCUCUCCUUCCAAUUGUGCCAGCUGCUUGCCACGGCCAUCGGGCGACAUGAUAGCUUCCAGCUCAACACCGCGCAACUGGACCAGCUGGUGUGGGACUAUGCUUGGGAGCUCUCCUGCGGUGGUACCCUGGGCCGGGCACUGUUCGUUCUCCUCCACCUUUCGCGCGCAUCGGAUCGCGAGCGUGCAGUGAAGGAAACCCUCGCUCAGUUUGCGCCUCAGCUGCCGGAGCCGGUCACCUCCGAGGGACAGCCCAAUGCCAUGUGGGCGUAUCUCACGCAGGAUCUCCAACUGCCGGAGAGCUGGAUCUGGGUGUCCAAGGCGCUUUAUGCACGCGACACGGGUGAUGCGGCGCGCGAAGUGGAUUACCUCGUCCGCGGCAAGAACUGGAACGAUGCGCAUGCCACGUUCUGUCGCAUUGUGGGACCUACUGCCGUGAUCGAGGGUGACUAUGCCACACUGGAGAUGCUGGUGUCGGGCUUUGGCGAGGAACCGGAGCGCAAAGUACGCGGCUGGGCCACGGGCGGUGGCAUCUACGAAGACUACCUGCGCCUGGCCACUGCCCGGGGUGGUAAGCGCGACGCGACUCGCCUUGCCCGGUUGGUGAAUGCGCUGGUGAAGAUGGCCGACAAGGUCAGUCAAGGGUCGGGCGUGGAGGGGCUGGAGGAGCGAGUGGCCUUCCGCGAGAUGAGUCGGGCAGUUGCCAGCUGGACUGGGCGGGAGGAUACGAAGACAAUCGAAUUGUCCAGUGUCCUCAGCCUGCCGCUGACGGGCGAUGCACGCCUUGCGCAGACGGCGGAGAUGAGUCGGCGCUACUACAGUCUCGUUAUGGCCGGGGGCUACUGAGCGAAGGGUUUGGUGGGUGGGAGACUCCAUGGGGAGCAGCAGACCGGGUGCUGGCUUAUGCUGAAUAUUCUUUGACAUCUCGCUUCUUUUUGUGUCUAUGGGUUGACGGAACGACAUGCAGCCAUUAUGUAACUUAGAUCCUGUUCUCACUCUGCUAUUUUUGUUUGUGCUGCUCUUUCGAUUCUUGGAUUGCAUCCGUCCUCAGGCUUGCGGGGGACGCGGAAGUCCGCGGUGUGUACUUAUAGUUAGGUUUUUCAUCGUGAACGAAGUAAUUUGAUCUACCCCUGUCUCGUUAAGGUA